UGCUAAACAGAUUGUAUUCGAAAUGAUUGCACAAUUAUCCAUUGCAUCUUUUAGCGACACUCGAUCACUGCCCAUAAAGCUAGUAAAAUGUGCUGUACGUUCAUGUUUCGUUGCUAUGGCGGAGCCCGGGGUACCAACCACCGACGUCGCCAUGCGCCCCUCCCCGCCAUCCCGCCCGCCAUCCAGCAAGCCACGCAGAGUGUUUGUGUUUUGUCCCUUGCGUCAUCGGGGCCAUCUCUCGCCAACAUGCAGAGGGCCAUGAUGCGGCUGCCACCACUUCAACAAUCUCCAAGAGCCAUCAAACUUUUCGUAACGGACAUUAACACCAUCCCCAAAUCUUUGAACAUCAACAGCACCACCUCCUCACCAGCGCAAUCACAUCCUCACCCACGCCAUUCCACACCCUCGCGCCUUUCUUCCCCCCGCGUGCACCAGUCCACACCCGCGUUCCCCACGACACGAUCACACCCGGCACUCGUCUACACGCAAUCGCUCUCGCCUCUGCGAUCCCUCCUCUCCACGCGCACAUACAGCAGCAUGUCGGACGUCGACUACGAAGCCUUCCUCAACAAGGCUAAUGACGGAGGCAGCAGCGGCGGCGUACAGGAACAAUCCCAGAAAAGCUAUGGAACCAAGAGCGUGAACACUGCUGUGCCUAAAGUGCUGGAGGAUGUGCAGGAGUACUAUGUCAGCGAUGCGGAUGAGCCUUUUGAACCUGUUGCGUUGAACUUUGAUGGUGGGGGUGAUGGGUUGGAUGCUCAACAACUAGGAACCCUCCUCAGCCACAGCGGCUCCGUGACGCAGCUCAAAGUCGACGAGUGGGACCCGAAGAAGCAGUACAAGGCCAUUGUGGACGCGGUGCGCAAAGCAGCUGGUGGGAGCGACGACAUCAAGGUGUUCAAGGUGGAGCUUGAGGGGACGAGGGCGGAGUACUAUGUUGUUGGGGUGGUUGAGGGCAAGGUUUUGGGGUUGAAGGCUCUGAGUGUUGAGUCGUGAUUGUCUGUUUCUCUUGUUGGAGAUAUUUGAGAGGAGGCAGUGAGGGCUGUUGGUGAAGUCCCUCUUGAGGACCAUUCUUGUACUUGGAAUGGUGGUCUUGCUUGGGAGGGAGAUGUGGAUGGGGCCUUAAUGUGUAGAGGGGGGCCAUAUGUUAUAUUUCGGUAUAUGUCUUCAAAAAAAAACUUGUUCGUCUUCUCUAAAGUGCGUUCCUGUGCGAGUGUAGAGGAGGUAAUACGUGAUAUGAUGAUUCUUUCUGUAUCCCAAUAAGAGUCACAAGAGACACAUACACUUCUUCUAUCAACUUUCUCUCCCUCCCUCCCACUCACUUCUCCAACACAUCGAAAAAACGAGCCACUCAAAGUCAGUCAACCCAAUCUACUCCCGCCACCAUGUACAUACCUACCUACGUAGCUCAAGUACCCGCCAUAGACCGCACAGCCAUCGCCCUAUAUACUGUUGAGUUACAUGUACACAUCCCAAUCGAUUAUUUAAAGUUCAGUGAUGUCAAAACGCAUGUAUAUCCACCC